AUGUCAACCCCUGCGGAAGCUGCUGCCGGAGAAGUCGCAGGAGCCGUCUCCGGAAUUUCCGCCAGAGGAGUCGCCGGAGCCGCCGGCGGAGGAGUCUCCGGAGCCGUUGCCGGAAUUGCGACUGGAGGAGUCACCAGAAUCUAUACCGGAGGAAUUUCCGGAGCUGUCGCUGAAGCCGUUGCCGGAGGAGUCUUUGGAAUGUUCGCCGGAGGAGUCGCCGGAGCUGCCGCCGGAGGAAUCACCGAAGCCACCGUCGGAGGAGCCGCGGCCGGAGCCGUAGACAAGGUAGUAGGUCCUCCACUUGGGCCAGUUCCCUUUAUGGGUAGCCCUAUAUUUUCUGGAUUUGCCCCUGAGGGAUAUGAGGGAUUUCCUGGAUUUGUAGUCGCACCCUCUACUUCAUUUGCGGCCCAAACUGUUGGUCCUGUGCUUGGCCACGGAUGA